AUGGAUUCAUUCUCUCUCCGUCAAGCAUAUGACCUCUACCUUCCAAAGAAUCACCUCUCCACUUUUCAACCCCAGACGAAUGAUCCAAACCCCCUUCCUCCAUCUCUUCGCUCCCAUCCAACUCCCCACUCCCGCAACCCCAACCUCCUCCUCAUCGCCCCCUGCAUCUCCAUCAACCUCCUAAUCACCACCAGCCUAUCCCUCCCCCUCACAACCCCCCUCUCCUCCUCCGUCAAAUCCUUCACAUCCACCCAUCUCGAAGGUUCCAUCGGCAUCCCCACCAAAAAGUUCUCAUCCUCCAAUCCCCAUACGUCUCCACCGGACACGGAAUCCCCGUUGAGGUUUCUUCCGCUUUCGCCAUCAUGGCUCGAUCUUCUCGGGCUCGCAUUAUGGCUUCCUCCAUCUUUUUUUUCCGCGUCGGGCGUGGUAUGA